AAUUACCAUAUAAUACUUUCCGACAAAGUCCGGUCUUGUGCCAAUGUUGAGUAAAAUAAAAAAGUAAAUAGACUAUUAGUUAAAUGACGAAUAAACCAGUUCCAAAAAGGGGUAACGGAAAACGUACUGAUUACAAGCGUUUGGGUGAUAACCAAAAAGAAGUUGAUAAUCAAAAGGAUGUUGAUUUUCCCCGGGCAGUUGCAAGAAUCUGGGGUUUAAUAUCUGGAAUAUCUUUUGUCAGCAAUGGUUGGUACCUUUUGACGGAAUCGAGCAGAGAUUCAAAAAAAUGUCUUAUUGCUGGUGCAUUAAUGAUUGUGUUUGGAAUAUUUAUUAUUUUCAUGGAAUGCGUUUGUUGCAUGUUUGCUGCAAAAAGAAAAUGUUGUAACAAGUUUGAUAGCAACUUCCCUUUCUGGAUAAAAGGUCUAAUAUACAUUUUAUUAACAAUCCCAGUAAUAGUUCUUUGCUUUGGUAUAAAGACUCUUGUGUCCUCAAUUAUGGUGAUCUUCUUGGGAAUAAUUUAUAUAUUUCUUACUUGUAUUGUAAAAAGCAAAAAAUAUGAACGACUCAGAGCACUUGCUCAACAACGUUACAAUGAGCAGCAAAAAGCUGUGAACUUUUCAUACAACACCAUACUUAAUUUAUAUCGUCACAACUAAAAUAAUAAUUAUGUUAAAACUAA